GACUUGUUUAUGCCUUGGAGGUCAUCAGUGAAGCAGAUGAACAAAGAGGUGUUUCUCAGAGCUGGUGGGCUGAAUUUCAUAAUACAGCUACUGCAACAUGUGCAAGCUAGUGACUGGUCCACAAGUAUACGAAAUGUUAAACUUUUAGAGAUCUUUCUGCUAGGAACUUUACAUCCUCUUGCUGCUAAUUUCAAAUUCCGAAGGUUGCUAGUUCAGAAGGGGGUGGUUGAGCUCUGCUUGAAAGGUCUACUGCGUCACAAACUGGAG